AUGGCCGACCGCGGCGCGAAGCCAACCAGGCGUCGCCAAGCGGCAGCCGCGUCUGGCAGCGAGGGCGCCGCUGGUCCAGACCGCCACAAGACCUUCGUUGAUGACGUGUUCAUUGCGACGGCCAGGGUCGGGGAGGGUGGGAAGGCUGAGGAGGCGUUCGAGUGCUUCGGUUGCACUGACUGCGUGGACUUCGCCAGCCGCAACCUUCCAGGGCGCGCGUUUGCGGACGUCGUCCGCGACAAGAAGGAGGACGAGAAUUUCGCUCAGGAGGUGGACGGGGCCAUGAACAUAGGCGAGAGCGACGAGGCGCCCUUCGGCAUCGAGGCUGGCGAGGGCUCGCAGAUAGGCGGCACCCUCUUCGAGGACUACCUUGCGCCCAACCACCACCAGGUCGUGUCGACAUGGAAGAAGACGCCGAAGCAGUUGUGCCUCAGGCCCCUGAAGUGGCGCGGUCGGAACGGCGUCGAGACCACGGUGUACCCCAUCAAGGAGAACGACAACAGUUGGCCGAGGCUCCGCUUGUACAGCGAGUCGUUCGACUACGCGAUGCAGAACUUGAUGCAGAAUGGCAUGGGUUGCUUCGCCUCGCAGCCCGACAGGGUGAUGACCGCCCAGGCUCGGGAUACGAGCAAUCCGAGGCGCGCUUUCUCGACCAUCCGCUUGCCGACCGUGGGCGCCGUCAACGACAGGAGCGCGGAGUUGGGCGGCGGCAGGGUUCAGCUGACGGACUUCUCGCCCCGCGCUGCUGGCCGCGUGCGGGUCAGCGAAGUACCUCCCACGCCGGCGCCCUCCCCCAGGGGUUCUGGGGCAUGGGUGCAAAGCGGCUCAGGGUCAGGGAAUCCUCCAGCUUUGGCCAUCGGCGACGUGCCUGACCACGAACGAGAGGAGGGCGUCGAGGACGACGACGAGGACAUCGAGGUCCCGAGGGAUGCCGCAGCGUGCUACGCCGACUCGGCGGUCUCGGGCACGCGCCGCACGCCUCAGCCUUCGCCUACCAGCGAGAGGGGCCCAAGGACGCCUGGCAGCUUGCUUCGCGGCAGCAGCGGCACGGUGCUUCCCCCUGGGGGCCGCCAUGGCAUUCCUUCGGAGAUCCAGAAUACCCCGAACGAGUUCCAGAAGGGUACCCCCGAGUAUUGGAUUCACGACCUGAACUUGACAUGCGUCAUGGCUGGCGCGAAACUCGGCCAGGGCCCUCAUCAGCUAGAGGUUCUCUUGGGGAAGGUUCCUGAGGGAAAGUUGCCGACCAUCAGGAAGCACCUCCACCUGGCAACCCUGGCUAAGGAGAUCGUUCGCAUGGAGACGCUCCAUCCAGAUACCUUGAACAAACACAUGGCGGAGCUCACGGAGGCAGGGGCGGUGAUCCCUGCAGCUGUUCAGCUCAAACUUGUCAAGUACUGGGGGAAAAAGGAUUACGACGUCUGGAGCAAGGGCCAGGCGAGACUUCCCAGCAGCACCAAGGCAGCCGUGUUCGUCGAGGAGGUGCUGAUCUCCUACCUCAUCCCGCUCAUUCUGGGCGACGCCCCUAUGGAGCGACAGGUCCUAGACUUCAUCGAGACGGCCUUGGUAUUCUUCCAGCUCCCCGAGGAAUGCGACAUCUCCGAGGAGUGCGCUCAGGCCGUUGUCGAGGUCAAGCAGAUAUGCGAGGCGAUCCAGACGGCAGCCUCGAAAACCAUCGGGAAGUCAGCGCAGAAAGACACCUACGCCGACAUCGGCACCUUGCAGGCUGCUGGCGGCAAAGCAGGGGCCACAGACGCUUGGGCGCAGGUCGGGGCUGCUCUGGGGCAGUCGCCCCACUGGAAGACGCUCCUGAAGAACGUGAUCUCCAGGGAGAAGGUCUACCUGGAGCUGGCGCCUCUAGUCGCCCAGGACUUGUCCGAAGUCGAGGCUCUUUCGAAGACGAUGGAUGUGAAUGCCUUCCCAGUGCGGGCCAAGUCACUGAUCGAUCGUCUCCCCAACUACAUCGCCAGGUUGGGGGCUGAGCCAAUCCAGAUGCUCGAGACCUCGCUGGUCCAGGUCAUUCACAAGGCAGCCACUGCUGUUCUCGAGAAGGAUUUCCCUGGCGACACUGCCAAUGACCCGGCUCGUUACCAUGCGUUGAUCGAGUCUUACUCGGAGGUCGUCGAGAAUGUCUAUCAGGUGUGCCAGUUCGAUGAUGCCAUCUCGCGUUUAAAGGAUAGGGUAAUGAACGCCAUCAGGAGUGCAGAUCAAGAAACCACGACCACUUCAAUCAUCGGCAGCAUGAACAAGUUCCGCGAGGGGAUGAUCGACAUUGCAGUCUUGCACGCCGACGUGAAGCGCCUCAGUCUGAGUGCGGAUUCAGCCACCGAUGAUCUUCAGGCCGCUGUAUCUCAGCUUUGGGAUUUCUUGAUGAAGACGGAUGCUAUCCAGACCACCUUGGGCGACAAGUUCGACGUGUACACCGACGUGCUGAACAGGAUUUCCAGCUUCCAAUCCGACCGCGAGAAGCUCGCGUUUCACAUGGACUUGAUUAAGAAGACUUCGUCGCUCAGGAGCGCGCUCUCGAAGUUUAUAGGUGAUCUGAAGGAGCGGGACGUCGACAUGCAGAUGGUGCUCACUGCGGAUCCGAACGAGAAGCUGUGGAGGGCCUUCGUGAAGGCCAAGACGGAUCUGACCACCUGCACCAACGCCAUCUCGAACAUCACCGCUAGCCUCGACGAAGUUGGCCUUACCUUCAGAGAUACAUACAAUGAGCUUGUUUCCCUGUCCGAGACAUAUUACACGCAGGCGGUCGGUUUGAAGAUGGCUGCCAGGAAGGACGCGGUGACGGAGGCUUCGGAGAAGCUGCAGUCGACCCUGGACCAGAGCCCCGCGUACUCCACUUACAAGCUGCACGUCAGUGACACCAGCAGCUGGGCGGACAUCGUCAAGAUCGCAGACACCUUCAAGGAGCUGGCGGCCGCCGAAGUGCACCACCUUUGCGACGAGCUGAACAAGGCUGUGAGCAUCUACUUGACCAAGCGCUCGGAGUACCAGGUACCAGCGGACCCCGAAUGCAUGCUCGUGGAGAAUGCGCAGCUCAACGUAAAGCAGUGCGCUGCCAUCGCAGCCAUGGCCGAUAUCACGAGAAGCCUCACUGACGAUAAGCUGGUUUCGAACAAGGUGAGCUUGCGUAGCUCUCUCCAGAAAGUCCAGGGGAAGCUCAGGUUCUACAAGGUUGAGCCGACCCUCUUGCACAGCGCAGUGGCGUUCAAGUUCAAGGCAGGGUUGACUCUCAAUUUCAGGCCGUGA